CCGCCAGCUAAACAACAGCCCAACACAGGAGAGUGACAGAAGAUCAAGGACUGCGGCGUCUCGGCCAUCGAUCGCUUCCUCCCGUGUUCAGACGGCGGAAGAACCCGUCUGGGACCCGAGCCGGACCGCUGCAGAUCGACCGGCCUCCUCUGUGGAGAGCUCCAUGGACGCCUCGUCAUGAUGUUGGGUUCUUCGUUCUUCCCCUGCGGCCGGCUCCGGACCCGCCCUCUGCUCCGCCGCCUGCUCUCGGAGUUCCGGCCCGGCGGCGGCCCGGCGCCGUCCAGGCGGCUCGGCACCGAGGGCCACACCCUGCAGCCUGUGAUUGGCCAGGACUCCAUCGAGCUGCUGGGCCACUCCUACCCCCGCGACGACUUCACCAACGUCACGCCGAAGAUCCUGGCCAAGGUGGGCUUCCACCUGCAGAACCAGCCGUACCACCCGCUGUGGCUCAUCAAGGAGCGGAUCAAAGCUCACUUCUACAGCUCCUACGUCGGUCGCUGGGGCAACCCUCUGUUCUCCGUCCACGACAACCUGAGUCCAGUGGUGACGGUGCAGCAGAACUUUGACAGCCUGCUGAUUCCUCCUGAUCAUCCCAGCAGGAAGCCAGGCGAUAACUACUACCUGAACAGAACCACCAUGCUGCGGGCCCACACCUCGGCCCACCAGAGGGAGCUGGUCCGGUCCGGUCUGGACGCCUUCCUGCUGGCCGGAGACGUGUACCGGCGGGACGAGAUCGACGCCAGCCACUACCCGGUCUUCCACCAGAUGGAGGGGGUCCGACUCUUCUCCGACCACGAGCUGUUCUCCAGGGUCCGCGGCGGGGACGAGCUGAGCCUGUUCGAGCGCGGCGGGCGCCGGACCGCCCAGAAGCAGGAGAGCCACAGCCUGGAGGCCGUCAAGCUGGUGGAGUUCGACCUGAAGACCACCCUGACCCGACUCGUCACACACCUGUUUGGACCAGACGUGGAGGUCAGGUGGAUCGACUGCCACUUCCCCUUCACCCACCCCUCCUUUGAGAUGGAGGUGCGUUUCCAGGGCGACUGGAUGGAGGUGCUGGGCUGCGGCGUGAUGGAGCAGGAGCUGCUGCUGUCGGGCUGAGGCAGCAGUACGCUCAUUGUUCAUGAAGACAAGUCGUAGCUAACACCGAGUCCACUCCGAGUCCCACUCAGAGUCCCACUCCAAGUCCUGACCCGAGUCCAACUCAAAGUCCCGCUCCGAGUCCCACUCCGAGUCCUGACCCGACGCCCGGCUGCAGCAGUCUGGAUCUGCUAACAGAACGUCCCGUUUGGUCUCGGUGAGAUCAUCACUCAGCUGCUUUGCAAACAUCGAUUUUCCCUCAGCAGUGACUGUCAGGCUUCUUUCUCUCUCAGAUGUUUGUUUUCUCUUCCAGAUGUUUCCAGUUUAAACUUCCUCCUGUCUGUGCAACCAGAAACUGCAUCAUGGGAAAACUUCUUAUAAAAAUCAGC